AUGUCGAAUACUGAGUAUAUAUCAGAUUCGGAGGAUGAUUCACUACGAGGGGAAUUAUUAGUAGAUAAGAAUAAAUUUACCAAUAUUUUAUCAACACUAUCUCCCAGUAAACAAGAACUAACGAGACAACGACUAGAAACAUUAACAAAUAUAUCGUAUGUGAAUAUAGAAAAUAGCACCUGUAGUCCUCGACUAGGGCAUAACCAAAACAGCGAGACAAGGAAUACCAUUAACAACUUAAUCGAGGAUAGUGACGACGAUUCAGAUUCAAACCCAAUUGAUCUUAUUAAAAAUCUACCGAGAAGAUCAGCUAACGAGAUAGAACAACGAGAGCAUAGCACUUCACAACAUCAAAGUCAAGACAAUGCAAUAACACAAAACAUUGUUGGCAAUACAGUUGUACCUGAAGACCAAGAAAACGAAAAUCAUUUGCAAUCAUAUUUGAAUACCACGAACUCAUAUGUCACAUGGUCAGGUAGAAGUUUAAGGAAAAGAAAUUUUGCUAGUACACAUCCCUAUUUAGCAGACCAAGCCCAUUAUUUGGGUCUUUCAGAUAUUGAUUAUUUAAAUGAAAUCUACGAAGAGAAUGACCAUAAUCUAGAGAAGGUGGUGAAAUAUUUAAAUUAUAACUAUGAAAGACUAAAAAAAAGGUAUCCAAAGGAUGAAAAGUUUAGGAGUAAGAAUUUUUACACUAUAAUUAGUCGACAAUCACAUUUGGCUAGCGAAAAAGAGCUUCAAGAAGAGCAAAGAAAUGGGGACUCUGGGUCUUUGCCAAAUAUUGACGAAGAAUUUGAGGAUGAAGAUGAAGAAGGGAAUAAAGAAUUUACCAUCGACCCUUUAGAUGAUUUGAAUUCACAAACCUAUGAAACUGACGAAUCAAGCCACGAGCCUGAUGACUUUUUGCAACCAGUCAAACAUCACCGAUUGGUUAUACCAGACGAUGAUGAUGAAGAUGAUAACUUUGACACCAAUAGCAACUUCUAUAGUAGAAAUGUUGCUAAUGAGGAAAGUGGAAGUGGUUCUGAUUCUGAUUCGAGCAAAUCUGAUGUUUACGUUAGAGUGGGUGGCAGGUUUAGAAAGGAAAGGAAUGCAUUAAAAGGGGUUCUCCCUGAAUCAGCUAAAAGAUUAUCGAUAUAUCAGCCAAAGUCCAAAGGGCCGUCUAGCCGGCAUUUGCAGAAACCACAUCCGGUUCUGGAGCACAGAAAGGGAAUAGCAUUGAGAAAACGAACUAAACGAAAAAUUUCUGAACGAGACGAUUUCACUGGGUUUGUGGAUGAUACCAUAACUUAUGACACCAAUAAUGAACUUUAUCACGAAUUGUACGACCAGCCUAUCGUUAUCGAAGAACCGACUCCAGCAUUGAAUUACCCUAGUUUUGAAAGUGUUACGAACUUUUCAGAAAGUUCAGCCUCAGAAGAUGAAGGUGAGCAGAUGAAUUAUGAGAGUGAUUUAGAUAUAUUUGAUGUUGGGCCACCCCAGGCAGAUAUUACAGGUGUUGAUGAAGAGACCGGAAAACUAGAUGAGAAUGGGGAUUUAGAUGAACCUCUGGAUUACGAAGUUCGUGAAGGUGACUACAUAAACCACAUGCUAGCAACUGCACCUAAACGCAAAACCACGGCACCAAAGAGACAAAGUGCUAGCGCCACUACUAUGGGUACUUCUGGCAAUAGAACGUAUAAAUCACAAAACCGUUCCAUAGAUGGAAUGUUGUCACGACCCAAAAAGGCUCAUAGUUAUAAUACCAAGAGAGACGUUAGACGUUCAGAUUCAAGUACAGUCUCGGUAAUUAACAGGUCAACUCCAAAUUCAAGACGACAGCGAAAACCUAGAACUGCAAGAGCUGCAUCUGAUGAGUCUUACAGCAGGCUUCCAGUGAAACGAAUUACUUCUCUUCGAGACCAAAACACCCAUAAAACAACAAGACCCACUCGCAAAUCAAAAAAGAGAAAGGACAAUUUGCAGCUAACCACUUUGGAUAAUUGUAUGAAAGGCAAUCCAAAAGAUUUGUUUACUGACAAUUAUUUGUUUCUGAGGUCACCUAUAUUAUCGACAACAAUCGUUGAAGCAGCAAGUGUGACGAGGUUUGUCAAGGAAUCAUAUAAAAAUGUUAACCCUUCAGCUCCACAAAUGGCCCCAAGUAUAAUUCUAGGCUCUCAACCUAUUUUUGAGUUUGGGUGUAUUUUAAACGAUAUUGUGCUUGAUAAAAUAACUGCAUUGGGUGAUGGAAAGUUCUAUCAAAUACACAAGGACUCAGUGACAAUUGAAUUUUUAGGGGAAACAGUAAUAUUGACAUUGAUUGAUCUUGAGUCCUCGAAAUUUAGAUAUGAAAAGUUAUUAAUCCAUUUGGCUAGACUUUCCAAAAAUUCUGAUUUAUCAAAUGAAUCAUUAAUUCAGACUGUUUACACCACAGUAAAAGGCAUUUUGGAGUGGAAUUUGAUUUUGCAAGAGUGUCCUACAGAGAGAAUUUGGAAGCUCAUCCAUUUGGCUGUGUCGAAUAUUAGGGAUAGCCCGUACUUAACUGCUAGUACUAUGAAGUUUAUUUUGCCUUAUUUCAUACUUGUGGAAUAUACCAUGAGUAUGAUUACUAAGCUCAAUAAUAAGCCUAGCUCGUUUGACUCAAAUCCUUUAGGAAUACGAUACUGGCAAUUAUUUUUUGAAACCUUCUCGGGCGAUUUGUUUGAAAAGCUGAAUUUUGAAGCUGGAGCUAAAACCAAGGAAGCAGAGUCCUAUUUCAUACUAUGCAGAAUAUUAGAAGAAUCGGGUGUUUGGUGGACUACAAUCAUUAAAGCUUUACAGGUAUACGAGGCAUUUGAUCUAUCAUUAUUACUAGAGUCAGUGUUUUGCUUAUGUGUAUUUGCAAGAAAAGGAUUCUCAUGGGAACCCUUACAAUUGGUAUACCAGAAAGCUAUUUUGGAAGAAACUCUAGGUGUUGAAUUCUACUAUAGAUACCUUGAAAUUGUUUACUUUAUGAAUCAGAGAAAUAAUUGGCCACUUCCUGAAACCGUUGUACUACAAAUUUAUUCCUCAAUCACAAGAAUGAAAUUUGCAAAUUUUAUUGACGAAAUUGGUAUGCCUGACUUAAUUGGGAAAGUUUCUAACCGAUUUGAUAUCCCUGAUGAUUCAUUUUUUGAACGAUUCAUGCAAUUGCUUUACUGGUACAUUUCAGGAUUAUCUGAGCCUUCGAAAGUGAAAAAAUUAGUAACAAAGUUAUUCACAUUCAGCAAGUUUCAAUAUGUCAACGAUCAAAGCCAUCAUGUUAUGUUUAUUAAUAGAUUGAAUUUCAUAUUAUUGUUGGCGCUGGUAUGUAAAGUGGAUUUGAAAACUCAAUUACUAAAUUUGUUGGAAGGUAUUGAAAAUGCCAAAGACGCAAAGCUUAUAAAAUUGGCAUCACAGGGUGUUUGUGUGUUAACAGAAAUUGCCAUACAAAGAGAUACAAAGUUGCCCAUAGAGGGUAUUUCAAUUGUUAUACAAUGUUGUAUCAAUGGAUAUUACAAUGUUCAUGGGAUACUAAAGGUAUGGAAGAAUUUCUUAAUUUCGCUUAAAGAUCUUUUUCGUGAUCCAUUGAGUCGUCUUUCACAUCUGCUCCAACUUUUGAAUAUAUCUAAAUCCAUUGAUAUCAAUAAUGUUCCUGACAAAAUCAUUAUAGAUAUAUGUCAUGUUUUGUCGCAUAUAACUUCGUCCAUGAUAAAUGUGAAAGAUAUGGUUAUACAGAAGCAUAUCAAAACUAUUAAAUCUUUUAAUGAGUUUGUAUUAUCCUUGUUGCACAGACAAAUGGGGCGACUUCCCUUGCCGAGUGUGAUACAAGAAAACCGUGUAUGCGAUUUAAUUGAAAUAUUGCUAUCCAUAUGGGUCCAAUGUGCCUUUGUUUUGGAUGAAAGUUGGGACAGAUUGAUAUUACAAACGUAUGCAUAUACUGGAAACCAGCAACUGCGUGAACAGUUUGCAUUAUAUUUUUAUUCUAAAAUUUUGCAAUUCAAUAAUUUGAAAGGGUGCAAGGAACUUGUCACGAGACAAGUAUUACGGGAUCUAGUAUGUUUCAAUCCGUCAAAGUAUCUUUGUUCGAUAUUACAAAAACUACAGAAAGAAAAAUGGGGUACAUUUAAUUUUGGCAAAACCAAUGGCAUCACGUUACUGAUGAUAACAAACUCCAGAUACGUUGUUGUGACAAACAUACUUCAAAAUUUAGCAUCAGAUUCUAGUAUAAUCAGCAUGUACGAAUACCAGUUGUACGUUAAAGAUAUUCUACGGACUUUGGAUAUUGAAUUUGAAAAAUAUUAUUCUUCCCUUCGUUAUAAAACUUUUUGUGUCAAUGUAAUAAAGGACAUUCAAAAGUAUUGCGAGCCAGCAAUUAUCAAUGAAUCAUUGUUAACAAACUUAGCAUCGAAAUUGGGUAUACUGGAGAACGAAUUGUCACAUUUAAAAAUUCAAAAAUUGCCGUUAAAGGAGAAACUAAAAGCUUUUGUUGGUGAAUUUUUAAAUGCGGUAUACUUUGGUGGGGACUACAUUAAAAUACUAGAGAAAUUCACAUUUGAAGAAGGUGUUGAAUUGAUCUAUCAUUUGGUGUCAGUUUUGUUGCAGGAAAUGCAAGCAAAUUCUGAUUUCAUUACUUGGAAAGUAAUUUAUUUGUUGCUAAAGUUCUUUGAUGAAAACUUGAGAUUGUUUAAGUUUAAAUUUGUUAAUUUUCAGUUUAAACGGUUUUUGAAACAGCUUGUUGAAUUGCCAAAAGUUAGACAACGCAGUUCCAGUACUGCAGACCAGUAUUGUAGAAUUUGCUGUUUGUUGUGUAUCACAUCGAUUUUAAGAUAUUGCAAAAUUAUAUUUGAAGGUUACACGGAUUUGAAUGAGAUUGAAUGUUAUUGGGUACUUUUCAGCAACGCCGUUCAUUCAUACAACGCAGACAAAUCUAAAUUUUCAGAAUAUGUUUACUCGUCAUUCAGAAUGCAGGAUUUACUAAAUGAUUUUAGAUUCCCAAAGGACCCAAAUCCACAGGACGAUAUCCUGCAAGAGUCCUUACAGGUUGCUCACAGGGUAUUGGUUUCAGAGAUUGAUCUAAUUGAUACUACCUCGGGUGAAGUGCCGGAUACAUGUAUACUAGAUUAUGACUAUAAUUUCUAA